CUUCCUGCCUCGUCCGUAUCCGAGAGAUCAGAGAAGUGAAGACCGGCACAGAGGGAGGAUAGAAGAUUUGAAGUGACGGAGGAACACAUUGUGUGUCUCAGCAGGCAGAACCAUGGGGUGAUGAGGACUCUCCUCCACCGACCUUACGCAGAUGACCAGUGAUGGCCACGGCAUCACCAGAAAUUUUUUCGAAAGGUUUUGACUCAGAUUUCCAACAACAGGAAGAAAGACAGCAAGAGGAAUUCCUGAGCUCACUGGAGACAACCUUUCUGACCGCAUUCCUCUCCAUCAUUAUCAUCAUGACUGCAUUUGGGAACCUGCUGGUGAUGGUGGCGCUCUGCAAGGAUCGACAUCUUCGGAAGAAGAAAACAAACUAUUUCAUAGUGUCGCUGGCUUUUGCUGACCUGCUGGUGGCGCUGGUCGUGAUGCCCUUCGCUGCGAUUGAGCUGACCACUGGUCAGUGGCAGUACGGAGAGAGUUUCUGCCUUGUUCGCACCUCACUGGAUGUUUUAUUGACUACUGCCUCCAUCCUGCAUCUCUGCUGCAUCGCUCUUGACAGAUAUUAUGCCAUCUGCUGCCAGCCACUGGUCUACAGACACAAGAUGACCCCUGUUCGGGUCGCCGUGAUGCUAAGCGGCUGUUGGAUCAUCCCCACUUUCAUCUCCUUCCUGCCCAUCAUGCAAAGCUGGAACGCCAUUGGCAUCGAGGAUAUCGUGAAGAGGCGAGCCGUUGCUGGUGGCUCCAACGAGACAAGCUGUGUGUUCAUCGUCAAUCGACCGUACGCCCUGAUCUGCUCUGCUGUGGCGUUCUACGUCCCAUUGGCCCUCAUGGUUUUAGCCUACCAGAGGAUCUACGUCACUGCAAUGACCCACGUGCGGCAGAUAGAAACGCUGCAACGCGCCGAGGGCUCCUCGUCUUCGGAGCCAGUUCCUAUCGCCAACAGCCGCAUGCGAGUGGAGACAAAAGCGGCAAAGACUCUUGCUGUUAUCAUGGGCUGCUUUUGCCUGUGCUGGGCGCCCUUCUUCAUCACCAAUGUAGUGGACCCCUUCAUCCACUACACGGUGCCGUGGCAACUGUGGACAGCCUGGCUGUGGCUGGGCUACAUUAACUCGGGGUUGAACCCCUUCUUGUACGCCUUUCUGAAUCGAGCGUUCCGGAGGGCGUUUCUGGUGAUUCUAUGUUGCGGUGAUGACCGGUAUGCUCGCCAUGGGAGUUUCUCUUAUGGACACGCCAACAGAGCGUGCUCACCCCCGUCCAUCAAUGGGACCUCCAUGGCUCUAAGAUUGUCUUUCCUUCCCAAUCGGAGCUACAGUGACAAUGGACGGACAAUUUUAGGGAAUGAGAAGGAAUCUCAGGAUUCACUUGGAACACUAUGAGGACCAGUGAAAAACUUCAUGCUGGGAGUGAGAGAGACAUCCUCUGUCUAUGAACUUGCCUGUUACUGAGCGUCAGAUGUGUUUGUGGAUCUAUGCUAAUGUGUGACUAAUGAACUGAGACUGAAACAUGUUUCCCUGUUUGGAAUCUUUGGCUGGUUCACGCUCAUGGUCUGUUUUGUGCACUGUAUCUGUCCGACCAACUUUGAUUGUCUGUGGUAACUUUUCUGUGCUGACACACGAGACGUUGGUCU